CAGGGGGUGGGAGGCUGCUUCUCUCCCCACUCCCAUGCAGCCUCCCCCGGGACAUCCUCCGCCCGGCAGCCUCCAGCACGAUGCAGCCUCAGUGUAGUGAGCGCCGCGCUGCUGAGCGGAUUAUCUCGGGUUAUUACGCCCGGCACGGAGUGCGGAUCGCGGGGAGAGCGCGGAGCGCGGCGCCCGGAGCUCAUGUUCUCCAUCCAGGACUCGCUGUCCCGGGCGGCGCUCAGCAUGAAGGAGGAACCGCUGCCGGCCGGGCUGUCCUCCGUGCGGACCUGGAUGCAGAGCCCGGGGAUCCUGGACUCCAGCACCGCGGCGCAAAGCGGUAUCGGUCUGGCCAGAGCCCACUUCGAGAAGCAGCCACCCUCAAACCUCAGAAAAUCCAACUUCUUCCAUUUCGUCCUGGCGUUGUAUGACCGUCAGGGGCAGCCGGUGGAGAUCGAGAGGACGUCGUACAUUGACUUUGUCGAGAAGGACAAGGAACAGAGUGGAGAGAAAACCAACAAUGGCAUCCAUUAUAGACUGCAGCUUCUCUACAGUAAUGGUCUCAGGACAGAGCAAGAUCUUUACGUACGACUUAUCGACUCCAUGUCCAAGCAGGCGAUCAUCUAUGAGGGACAGGACAAGAACCCUGAGAUGUGUCGGGUCCUCCUGACACAUGAGAUAAUGUGCAGUCGAUGCUGCGACAAGAAAAGUUGCGGGAAUCGGAAUGAGACGCCCUCGGACCCGGUUAUCAUAGACAGGUUUUUCUUGAAAUUUUUCUUAAAGUGCAACCAGAACUGUCUGAAGAAUGCGGGGAACCCGCGGGACAUGAGGAGAUUUCAGGUCGUGGUUUCCACAACGGUGAACGUGGACGGCCAUGUCCUGGCGGUGUCAGAUAACAUGUUUGUACAUAAUAACUCAAAACAUGGGCGACGAGCGAGAAGACUGGACCCUUCAGAAGCAGCCACUCCCUGCAUCAAGGCCAUCAGUCCCAGCGAGGGAUGGACCACCGGUGGGGCCACGGUCAUCCUCAUAGGAGAUCAUUUCUUCGAUGGUCUUCAGGUGGUGUUUGGCACCAUGUUGGUGUGGAGUGAGUUGAUUACUCCGCAUGCUAUCAGGGUACAGACGCCCCCUAGACAUAUCCCCGGCGUGGUGGAGGUCACCUUGUCCUAUAAAUCCAAGCACUUCUGUAAAGGAGCUCCAGGGAGAUUCGUCUACACAGCUCUGAAUGAACCUACGAUAGACUACGGCUUCCAGAGAUUACAGAAGGUGGUUCCCAGGCAUCCAGGAGAUCCUGAGAGAUUACCCAAGGAGGUCUUGUUGAAGAGAGCAGCCGACCUGGUGGAAGCAUUGUAUGGAAUGCCGCACAAUAACCAGGACAUUAUCUUAAAAAGAGCAGCAGACAUUGCUGAAGCACUGUACAGCGUACCCCGAAACUCCAACCAGCUCUCCUCACUGACCACCAACCACCACCACACUGGCAUGAUGGGUGUCAACUCAUUUGGGAGCCAACUGGCCAUAAACAUUGCCGAAUCCUCCCAGACGUCCGAUCAAGGAUACUCUAGGAACACAAGUAGCGUCUCUCCACGAGGCUACGUACCCAGCUCUACCCCCCAGCAGUCCAACUAUAACACCAUCACUUCCAGCAUGAAUGGCUAUGCAGGAGCUGGGAUGACCAGCCUGGGAGUACCGGCCUCUCCAAGCUUUCUCAAUGGCUCCACUGCCAAUUCUCCAUAUGCAAUUAUGCCCGCAAGUCCACCUCUGGGAGCUUCAUCCAUAACACUAUCAUCGAGUGCGAACUCUGCCACUUCUGCCGGUGUCUUCUCCUUCUCUCCAGUCAAUAUGAUCUCCGCUGUCAAGCAGAAAAGCGCCUUUGCACCGGUGGUGCGGCCUCAGAACUCCCCUCCACCAACCUGCACCAGCUCUAGUGCAAACAGUCUUCAAGCCAUGACCGGCCUCAUCGUGCCACCAAUGUAGAACACUUAUCUCAAGAAUAUUGACUCAAGCUUAGUAAGUCCUGGACCUUCCCUAAUAUCUGGAGAACACAGACUUGGACCUUCCGAAUUGGUCAAUGGAUCAACAGAAUUCAAUGGAAUAUUGAUGGUGAUCCAAGAAGUUUCCUGUCUUACCAUGAGGGAUCCAAGGGAUAUAGCUCUCCUCCAUAACCCCGUUCUUCCAUGUGAAGGAUGAGCAUUACACGGAAGAGGACACAAGGUGCCUUUCCAGCUCUUCUUUUGAUAGAGAACUCUUGUACAUAUAGGACCAAACAUUCUCUUCCUACACACCUGGUGACGAACCAUUUUCCUAUGAAUGUCAAUCUGAACUCAUCUCUUAUGGACUAUUUUCCUGAAUGCACUGCCGGGGUCAUCCUUCUCCAUGUGUUGGCGCUGAAUGAAGCCGGAGAUCCAAGAACAUGGCGUUGGUUCACCGAUGGACACAUCCCACCUUCAGAACCUCAUAACUUGAUCUUCCCUCUUCACCAUACCGCCCCCCCCCCCCAAGUCUUUUUAAUGUGUGAUCCACAUGUUGUUGACCCUCAUGGUGAAGGCGAAUUGUUUUAUACUGCACUUUGUAUACAUUGUGGACAUGAUAGACAUUUUUACUUAAAUUAUGUGAAUACUUUGUCCACCUCUUACGCCAAGCCUUAAUGGCCAUUCAUUCUAUCAGUUCCUACUGUGUCCUUCACCCCAUAACAUGGCCCCUUCACCCCCUUCCAUAACCGGAAGAAGAGUUGCGAUGAUCCUGACUCUGUGGCCUUAGGCGUGAGAUACAAGACUUAGCUUAGAGACACCAAGUUGUGGUUUUAGAAGAGAAUCCGAUAGACUCUUUACAUUAUUUAUAUCCUACUAUUUAUUCCUCCCCCACCCCUAAGAUCCGGACCAUGAAGUCCAUGUAUGUCUGUGUGUUCUAGAUAACUCAAUGCCACCUGGGCUAGUGCUGGGGACUUCUUUCACUCAGAUGUCCUUCUAACCAGAUGACUCUCCAAUGGACUGGAAACAAGGCAAAAUUUUUUUAUAUUUUUUGUUUUUUUAAUUAGAUAAAAAAUUUGAGAACGCACUUGAUAAUCGACAAAGUUGUCCCCGGCUGUGGCAGGUAGAACACGUUCCAUUAUUUUAUUAAAAAUUUUUCACGUUUUUUUUUCUAGAACAUUUACAUGUAUGACCAUCCAUGUGUUCCGUCCCUGGGAGCAGAUUAUUCCCAUAGGUCCGGAUACCAUAGUGACCGUCAAAUGUACAUCUCCGUGGACUGGUUCUCCAGUCAUAUUUAUGGGGGUCUCCCGACUCUUCCCUGGAGAGAAUGUUGGACUUCAACCGCCUGAUCCUUUAGUUCUGGAGGAGAUAAGCCCCAAGGAAGAAACGGCGUUGUCCAACCUUACACGACCGGCGCUGGGAUCUCUGAGGAACGUUGUAAAUGAGAACAUGAAGUCAGGGUCUCCCGAGGUCCCGGGGUUGGUCCGGAAAUCUCGACAGUAAAGUAGCGCACUUCUUACCCAACGUAAUAGCGAAAUGUUUCAUAUUUCCAAUAAAUUCUCUGGAUUAUUUUGCUGUUUUUUUUUCCUCCCAAUUUACUGUUUUAACACAAUAAAUGAAAUCCAGACCUGGAAUGUACAUUGUAAAAUGAAACAAUAUUGGUAACAUAAUAAACAUUUUCAGCAUAGUCUUAAUACACAUUGGGUAUGUUCUGUUUACUGGCGUCUCCUGUUACAUGGGAUAUGAUAUUUCAUGGAGGAACAUACAGCCCGGUUCACAC